GCUGUAAACAGCGACGUCAUCCCGAUCCCGCCGCCAUUUCUCUCAACUUGACUGCCGGAAGGACGCGAUGUCAGGAGUAGGACGGCUGUUUUGCUCGGCGUGGAGUCGGUGUGCGGUGCCAGAGCUCCGAGCUCCCUGUGCCUGCUAUCACAAGAAGGUUGUUGACCACUAUGAGAACCCGCGGAACGUUGGAUCCCUUGACAAGACUGCAAAGAAUGUUGGAACGGGCCUAGUGGGUGCUCCAGCAUGUGGCGAUGUUAUGAAACUGCAGAUUGAAGUGGAUGAAGAGGGAAAAAUUGUUGAUGCCAGGUUCAAAACAUUUGGGUGUGGUUCUGCAAUUGCCUCCAGCUCUCUGGCUACUGAAUGGGUGAAAGGGAAAACGGUUGAUGAGGCAAUGACUAUCAAGAACACCGAUAUUGCCAAAGAGCUCUGCCUUCCCCCAGUGAAGCUUCACUGUUCUAUGCUUGCAGAGGAUGCAAUCAGAGCUGCCUUGGCGGACUACAGACUUAAGCAAGACAAGGAGAAAGCAGCAGCUAGCAACUAGUCCUCCUAUUAUCUGGACACUUAAUGCCGUUCUCGUAGGUUAUAGGGCAUGCCUUUACCAUUAGAACAGCAGACUCGAUAAUGCGCACAAUUAUACAGCAGCUUGUUCAACUGUGUGAGUGUUCUCUCUGUAACUGUAUGAUUUCUUAGUUUUGUAAAAUGUGCUCUUAAAGAAAAAGGGUGAUGGUCUUGAUUCUGACCUGUAUUGUACUGAUUCUGUUCAUACACAGGAGUAUGCAAUUUGAUAAAAUGCUGCAAAUACCUGUGAAAUA